AACUCUUCAACCUUUUCCCUCUUUUGUCCUAGGUUUACAUUGUUAUGGAUAUUUCAUAAAUAUUUUUACUACAUUAUUGUAAAUCAUAAGUAAAAUAAAUUCUACAUGAGUGUCCCCUUAACUCCCUUUAGUUCUUAUAAGUUUUCAUGUUCAACUGAUAAAGUAAAAGAAAAAGUAUGGCAGAGGGAUUAGUGGUAGCAAAUGAUGGAGAAGAGUACCAUGGAAAGCUGACAUGUUUUGUAAUAUUGGCUUGUAUGAUGGCUGCUAUGGGUGGUGUAAUCUUUGGAUAUGAUAUUGGAAUUUCAGGUGGAGUAACAUCUAUGGAGCCUUUUCUGAAAAAGUUCUUUCAUGAUGUGUAUAUUAAGAUGAAAGAAGACAAAGAACUUAGUAAUUACUGCAAAUUUGAUAGUGAAUUGUUGACAUCAUUCACAUCAUCUCUUUAUGUGGCUGGUCUUUUUGCUACUUUUGUUGCCUCAUCAGUCACCAGAGUGUAUGGUCGCAAGGCGUCAAUCCUUCUUGGAGGAGCUAACUUCCUUGCUGGUGCAGCCCUUGGUGGAGCUGCUUCUAAUAUCUAUAUGCUUAUAAUUGGCAGAGUUUUAUUAGGUGUUGGUGUUGGUUUUGCAAAUCAGGCUGUACCGUUGUAUUUGUCAGAAAUGGCACCAUCCAAGUACAGAGGAGGAUUCAAUAAUAGCUUUCAACUAAGUGUAGGCAUUGGAGUUUUAAUAGCGAACCUUAUAAAUUAUGGCACUGAAAAGGUCAAAGGUGGUUGGGGAUGGAGAGUGUCUCUUGCUAUGGCUGCAGUCCCAGCAUCCAUUUUAACAUUAGGCGCGUUGUUCCUCCCAGAUACCCCCAACAGCUUGAUUCAACGAACAGAUGAUCAUGAAAAGGUUAAAAGAUUGCUGCAAAGAGUCAGAGGCACUGAUGAUGUACAAGCAGAACUUGAUGAUAUUAUCUUAGCCAGUGAAAUUUCAAAAACUAUCAAACACCCUUUCAAGAACAUUUUACAAAGAAAAUACAGGCCUCAACUUGUCAUGUCCGUGGCGAUACCAUUCUUCCAACAAGUCACAGGAAUUAAUGUCAUUGCAUUCUAUGCUCCUAUCCUGUUCCAAACGAUUGGACUAGGUGUAAGUGCAUCUCUUUUAUCUUCAGUUGUAACAGGAGCAGUAGGAAUUGUCACAACAGGUUUGUCAAUGUUGAUUGUUGAUAAAGUUGGCCGAAGAGGGCUGCUGAUAUUCGGAGGCAUACAAAUGUUUGUUACACAAAUGAUAGUAGGAGGAUUAAUGGGGGCUAAGUUAGGGGAUCAUAGUGGAUUGAGUAAAGGUUGGGCCUUUGUGAUUUUGGUGUUGAUAUGCACCUAUGUAGCUGGUUUUGGUUUGUCAUGGGGGCCAUUAGGAUGGUUAAUUCCAAGUGAAAUAUUCCCAUUAGAGAUAAGAUCAGCUGGACAAAGUAUUUCAGUAUCAGUGAACUUUCUCUUCACUUUCUUGGUUGGUCAAACAUUUUUAGCCAUGUUGUGCCAUUUCAAAUUUGGGAUUUUCUUCUUUUUUGGAGUUUGGGUGGCAAUAAUGACUGCAUUUGUCUACUUCUUUUUGCCAGAGACCAAGAAUUUGCCUAUUGAAAAAAUGGACAGGGUGUGGAGAGAACACUGGUUUUGGAAGAGAAUUGUAGGAGAAAAUAAUGAAGUUAUCAUCAAAGAAGAGGAAGGUUAAAGAUAGUUAUCAUGA